GUCCAACCUCCUCUCCCGCCUAUCAUCUUCGCUCUUUGUCCUUUUCCGUUCUAGUUUGGUCAUUUCUCAUUUGACAGUGUGAUUCCCUCCCGCAUCUUCCUCUCCUCUGCUAUCUUACUUCCUGUUUCCCCUCUCCAACCCCCCCGAUUUAGCGUAUGGUGCGCUGAAGCUUACACCACCGGCUUCCCCGCGCUGCUUCCACGAUGCCUGCGCGCACUCGUCAAGGCCUCUCCGCGGCGACGGAGGUCGUGGAACCAGAAGAGACAUCCGGCGGUCUUCGCCGCCUCCACUUCAAUGAACCACUUUCAUGGCGCGUUGGGCGAUCGGCUAUUCCCAUUGCGGAUCUGCUGCAGCGCCUGCAGACGCUCGCGCAAGAGCUUCGCAAACUAGAACAGGAAGAGGUAGAGAAGGAUUCUCUCCAGAAGGUCUCUCAAGAGCUAGCAACGGCUCAGCUCCUAGCGCACAAGGAUAAGGGUGUAAGAGCUUGGGUGGCCUGCUGCAUCGUCGACGUUUUGCGCCUCUGCGCCCCCGACGCGCCCUUCACCGGUAACCAACUAAAGGACAUUUUUACCUGCUUCGUGUCCCAUGUUAUCCCCGCACUAGGGGACCCCUCGAACACGUACAAUGCCCAGCAUAUCUAUGUGCUAAAUUCACUAGCGGAAGUGAAGAGUAUCGUUUUGAUGACAGACCUCGAUCAGCCUGACGCUUUAAUUAUUCCGUUAUUUACUAGUUGCUUUGACAUCGUCUCUGGGUCCUCCAAAGCUUCCACAGGCGAGGAAGUUGCAAAGAAUGUUGAAUACGACAUGACCCGCUUGCUUGUAACGGUAAUUGACGAGACGCCCGUACUUGCCCCGGAUGUUGUGGAUAUUAUUGUCGCCCAAUUCCUGCGAAUUGACCCGCGUAUCUUGGAGAACCCUAGCAAGAGGGGGAAGAAGGCCGAUACUCCAGUCGAUGCCAAACAGGGAACGCUACUUUUGAAGGAUUACCCCCCGGCUUACAACAUGGCAAAGGCCAUCUGCCAAGCUUGUCCGGAGAGGAUGACCAGCCACAUUAGUCAAUAUUUCAACAACGUUAUCAUCGAUGCCUCUGCGCCCUCAGCAAACGGGCCGUCGAAGAAUCAUCGCCGACCUAACCUUGACGAUUCGGACGAAGAGGGAGAGGAUAUCAAAGAGUUGAGUAAGGCGCAUCGUCUAAUCCGGGAACUCUGGAGAGCCUGCCCCGAGGUAUUGCAGAACGUGGUCCCCCAACUGGAGGCAGAAUUAUCGGCGGAAUCUGUAUCCUUGCGUCUACUGGCCACGCAGACGAUCGGUGACCUAGCUGCCGGAAUUGGAGUUGCAGGGCCACCACCUCCGCCGCCAAUGGAUCCUGCCGCCUAUCCACCUGUCACUCUGUCGGAUUAUUCCCAGACAAUCCCCCAGCCAAAUGUUCUUGUACAACCAUUCUCUCCCAAGCCAUUCUCUCAGGCGCAUAGUUCUACAUAUGAGGGCUUUCUGAGCCGGCGACUGGACAAGUCUGCCUCAGUGAGGGCUUCCUGGGCAACUGUUGUUGGUCGGAUCUUAUUGACGUCGGCGGGUGGUUCUGGCUUGGCUGAGAGUGAGGAGCAGACUCUCAUCAAAAGCUUGGCUUCUAUGCUUCGAGAUGCAGAUGAGAAGGUUCGAGUGGCCGCAGUUGACGCGAUGGGUGUGUUUGGUCUGUCUCACGUCAUUCAUAAAUUAGGUGCUAGUGGCGGCGUUUCAUCCCAAGAUUCUAUACUUUACAUAUUGGCGGAGCGUGUUAAAGAUCGAAAGCCACAGGUCCGGGAGCAUGCUAUGAAAACGCUGGGCCGGAUUUGGGCAGUUGCGGCAGGUGAGAUUGAGCAGGACAAUGAGCAGGUAGUAUCUCUGCUUAAGGAUGGGCCUUCCAAAAUCUUCGAUGCUUUCUACACGAAUGACAUGGAUAUCCAUGUGCAGAUCGACCGUGUUCUUUUUGAAAUCCUUCUUCCCCUCAGUUAUCCGCCGAUAAAGGCCAAAUUAUCACGGAGUAGCUCGACCCAGUCUCAAAAAUUGAAAGAUUCUCAGGCUUCAGAGGGUGACAAUGAGACCGACGUUGACAAGAUCCGCGUUCGCCGCAUUUUAACCCUGAUCAGAGGAUUGGACGACAAGGCGAAGAAGGUUUUCUUUGCAAUGCAGGCUAGACAGAUCCAAAUGAGGACAGCCGUGACAGUCUACCUUCAGGCCUGUGAAGAGUACAAUGGUGGUGUGAUGGAAAAUGACGAAGAACGAAUCGUUGCUCAAAUGAACCGCGUCGUCGACACAUUGUCAAAGCUUUUCCCGGACGCUUCACGAGCUUCCGCAGAUUUAUGGAAGUUUGCCAGAGUGCAUGACCGACGAAACUACCAGCUGAUACGCUUCGCAAUGGCCGCGAUCAGUGACUACCGUACGGUCAUCAAGGCCAUCAAAGAACUCGCACGCAGAUUACAAAGCUCGAAUAAUUCUCCUUUACUUGAGACAUUGACCCCCCUCCUGUACCGCUGCAGUUCCCUUGUUUUCAACCGGAGCCACAUUCCGGCAAUCAUAAGCCUCUCGCGGACAGAUGAGAAUGGAUUGGCAAGCCCUGCACAUGAAAUGCUGCGGGAGAUCUCAUCCCGGAACCCGGAGGUAUUGGAAGCCCAGGUCCAAGAGAUGUGCAAGGAUCUUGAGUCACAAGCACCGUCAGCAGGAACAAGUAAGGACGCUGGAACUGAAGAAAUCCUCAAGGCUUGCUCCGGGUUUGCGAAGAAGCUCCCGGCGAAGCUGCCGAAGGAGCGCAAGUUUUUCCAGGCCCUUGUCAACUAUGCGUUGUAUAGCCCGUCGCCUCGGGCUGCUAAGCAUGCUGUCUCAAUCCUCAUGUCCACUGCAGACCGAAAGGAGAUGUACGCGAAGGAUCUGGUACAGAAAUGUGUUUCUAAAUGGGAGUAUGGCACAGAUCGAUUCCUCACUAAACUAGCCACACUUUCUCAGCUGAAUCUUCUAGCCCCAAGGGAAGUGGACGAGAAGAGCGACGCUAUCAUCUCCAUUGCGGUCAAUCAAGUUCUUCUGACAAACCGGUCACCACAAUCAGAGGCAGGGUAUACGUGGUCGGACACUGUGGAUGAUGAAACCGCGGCUAAGGAAUGGGCUCUCAAGAUUAUCGUCAACCGCUUGCGCGCUAAGGGAGGCUCUGACGGCGAGUCUGACUUCCGUGCUCAUGCCGAGCCUGUUUAUAGUACCCUCAACAAACUUGUUGUAGGUGAGGGCGAAAUAUCAAAAAAGAAGGACACACCAGCAGGGCAGAAAGCACGACUACGCCUUCUAGCUGCUAAAUCGUUACUCAAGCUGUGUGCUUCCCACAGCCUCUGUGAUCAUUUGCUUACUCCUAAAGAUUUCAAUGCGCUUGCCCUAGUCGCUCAAGAUCCUCUGUUGCCUGUGCGGAGUGGGUUUAUCAAUGAGCUGAAGAAGAAACUGGUGCAGAGUGCGCGCUUGAGCCACCGUUGGUAUAUUAUCACAUUCCUACUCGCGUUUGAGCCAAAUACAAGCCUGAAGGAUAGCACCCUUACAUGGUUGCGGUCUCGCGCAGCAUUCUUCUCUCAACAAAAUGGUGGCAAAAAAAAUGAUCCGGUUAUGGAGUCAAUCUUCUCGCGCCUGCUGUCGCUACUUGCCUAUCAUCCCGACUACCCCCCGCAGAACCUGGAUAAAGAGACAAAAGCUCGCGAUCUGACCGAUUUCGGUCGUUACAUCCUUUUCUAUCUCUCUGCGAUAGCUAACGAACGCAACCUCUCCCUCAUUUUCCACAUCGCUCAGCGUGUCAAGCAGGCACGCGACGGCAUUACGAAAUCUGAUGAAAUCACCACGCGUCUCCACACGCUUUCGGACCUGGCUCAAUCUACCAUUCGCCGAUUCGCUGAUAUCUACUCACAGCAGCGCAGGUUUGGCGGCGGAGCCGGCGGCACCAAUAUCCUGCAGACAUACCCCGGCAAGGUGGGCCUCCCAAGUUCCAUCUUCGCCCCGAUGAGCAGUCACCGCGAAGCCCAGGAAGUAGCCGAGAAGAAUUUCCUGUCGGAAGAUAUCGACGACCUGCUUGACCGGCUGGUGCGAUCUAUAAUGAAAUCAAAGGGCGGCUCUCAGGGUCAAUCCGCGAAGAAGAGAAAGCCCGAGUCCGCCGAGACAGCUGGCGACGCAGGAACAACUAAGAAAGUAAAGAAAGCCAAAGAGAAGGCCACACGUCCCCGGAAGACCUCAGGCGCAAUAUCGAGGACACCGAAGCGAAAGAACAAAGAGAAAGAUGGCUGGUCAUCAGACGAGGGCACCGCCAAAGCCACCUCCACGGCUACGCGCAGACGCAGCAGCAGAGGAACGUCACGUAGAGUCAGCUAUGCAGACCACGAUAGCGACGAAGACGUCGAAAUGGACGACUGGAACCAAGACGAAGAAGAAGCGGACGAAGAUGACGGCGAAGAAAAUGAGAACAACCACACCGAUACCAACAACAGCAACGUUGUUCGGGAUUCAGACGAUGACGAAGGCAGCGCUCUCUCCUCCCCACCACCGUCCCUCCCCGCCUCAUCUCCACCGCCAAGCACCAAAAAAACCCGCGCCGCAAAACCACCAGCAACAACAAGUCUCCCCUCCAGGCGGGCCUCUCGAAGAGGCUAACCUAAACGGACACCUAAAAAGUGGAUAUUACAAUACCGUACCAUUAUACUUUAUCAUUGUCCCAUUUCCAAAAUUACCUUGCUAGGUCAACCAGCCUAUCUGCCUGUCUAUUCAGCGUAAACCCAGCCCUUAAAAUUCCCUUCAAGUUAAUUCCUUAAUGGAAUUAAUACCUACGCUAUGCUAUGCCCGUUUCUCAUCAAUGAACGAGUCGCAUCGAGUGUCAGUUUAUUUAGCAUUAUGCUAUCCGUUCAGUCGAAUUGAAAUGUAUACCCAUUUCCUACGCUAUUUCUCUCGCUUUGUCUUAUCUCCCCGUUUCCUUAAAUUGCUAGGAUAACGUUGUUUCCCUCCUGAAUGUUGCUCUUCUCUUAUCUGUUUCUGUGUAUUGCCCUUUUUUCCCUUUUCU